AGUCAAAUUUUCACCGACUGUACAUUAAAAGCCUGUUCCUUUUAGCUUUUAAGUUCUUUCCAUAAUCUAUCUAGCUAGCUUACAAAAACCCUACAAACACACUCACACUUAGUUACACACAUGUAUAACACCUUAAUUCAAUUCAUGCCUAGCUAGUCUCUCUAUAUAAACACACACACACAAUUAACUAUCUAUAUAUAUAUGACCCAACAUAGACAAGACCAUUUUUAUUAAUUGACUUGAUCAGUUUUAGUCCCCUGGUCUCAUCAAAAUGGCUGUUUUUUGUACGGCAAUAAUCUUGGUUGGUUUACUAAUCUUGAACCAUUUCUUGCCAUUGUUGUUUGAAAACAAGAAACUUGGUGCUCUUCCUAGAGGAUCCUUUGGAUACCUCCCUCUUCUUGGUGAAACCCUCUCUUUUCUUAACCCUCAUCCAUCCACUUCAUUUGGCUCUUUCCUUCAAGAACAUUGUUCUAGGUAUGGGAAAGUAUUCAAGUCCCAUUUAUUCUUCUCACCAACAAUAGUAUCAUGUGAUCAAGAACUCAACUAUUUCAUAUUACAAAAUGAAGACAAGUUGUUUGAAUGUAGCUAUCCAAAGCCCAUUCAUGGUGUUCUUGGAAAGAUAUCUAUGCUUGUGGUUGUGGGUGAUACCCACAAAAGGCUUAGAAAUGUGGCCCUUUCUCUUGUCUCCACCAUCAAAUCUAAACAUGAUUUCCUUACCUACAUUGAGAAUUCCACCCUCCAAAUCUUGGAUUCUUGGAAACUCAAGACACAAGUCACCUUCUGUCAAGAAGCUAGAAAGUUUACAUUCAAUGUAAUAGUAAAGCAAGUCUUGGGGUUGACACCAGAAGAUCCACAGACUGCAAAAAUUCUUGAAGAUUUUCUUACUUUCAUGAAAGGGUUAAUUUCUUUCCCACUCUACAUCCCAGGAACUCCUUAUGCAAAUGCAGUUAAGGCUAGAAUCAGAAUAUCAGCAAGUGUCAAGCAAAUUAUAAAGGAAAGAAGAAGAAAUAUUAAUAUUAAUAUUAAUAUUAAUUCUACUCAACAAAAGGGGAGUAGUGAUUUCUUGGAGAUACUCCUUGGUGUUGAUACCUUAUCUGAUGAUGAAAAAGUUAGCUUUGUUCUUGAUGCUUUAUUGGGUGGCUAUGAAACUACCUCUGUUCUAAUGGCUAUGGUGGUUUAUUUUGUUGCUAAAUCUCCAUCUACUCUUGACCAGUUGAAGGUUGAGCAUGAGAACAUCAGGAGCAAAAAGAAGAAAGAUGAAAGCUUGAAUUGGGAAGACUACAAAAUGAUGGCAUUCACCCAAAAUGUCAUCAAUGAGGCUCUUAGAUAUGGCAACAUUGUCAAGUUUGUGCAUAGGAAGGCACUUCAGGAUAUCAAAUUUAAAGAUUAUGUGAUACCAGCAGGUUGGAAGGUCCUACCAAUUCUAAGUACAGUUCAUUUGGACCCAUCUAUUCAUUCAAGUCCCUUGGAAUUUCACCCUUGGAGAUGGGAGGAUCAAGAUCAAAGCGGCAAGAAAUUUAUGCCGUUUGGUGGAGGAUCAAGAUGUUGUCCGGGGUCUGAACUAGCUCGAGUAGAGGUUGCGUUCUUCCUUCAUCACCUUGUCCAAAACUUCAGAUGGAAAGUAGAAGAUGAUGAUGACCAACCAAUUGCAUAUCCAUAUGUAGAGUUUCGAAGACGUUUAGUGAUAAAUUUGGACCGUUUUGCUCUUUGAAUCAUGCUAUAGAUUUUGGAAAUGAUCCAUUUCUUGAGAGAAUGAUAAUCCAUCAUCAAGAGUACUUUUUUUUUUAUAUGCUUUAAAGUUGUAUCUCUAGUGUUGUAGCAUCUUCUUUUGUCAUACUUUUUAUUUUGAUUUUUUAUAUUAGUUAUUACAUAACUCAUCAUAAAUAAAA